UAAAUUGACCGAGUAUCGUUUUUGUCCGAGGUCUUAACCAAAUGACCGACACGUCCGGAGGAGCGGAGAAGAACAAAAUCGAUAUUGUCUUGUAGAGAAACAGCUGGAUGUCAUCAAUAAAUGUGUCACACUAUAGGGUCACUGGUGUUGCAAGAUACCUCGAAUGAAUUCCAACAUGAUGAGAGUUGUAGCGAUAAGACCUCCUACCUACCUCUUACCCAUAUCCUUAUUGCUAUUUUUCACGUGCACAUUAUCCAACAGGCAUUUGAUUCCUACAGUCCAUGCGACGGAUUGGGAUGUUUUAAUUUUUACUCAGAACUGGCCAGUUUCGGUUUGUCUGUCUUGGGAAAUUAAAGGCAAGAAUCACACUUGCCUGCCGACACAAAGCAACAGUUUUUGGACAAUACACGGCAUUUGGCCGACAAAAUUUGGUACUAUUGGCCCUACGUUCUGCAACACUUCGAAUCAUUUCAACCCGCAGGGCAUAUACGGUAUUGAAAAAGAGCUUGAGAAUGUCUGGGCACCGAUUGAAAAGCAUAAAAAUAAGUACGCCUUUUGGAAACACGAAUGGGAAAAGCACGGAACUUGCGCGGCUAAACUCGAAGAAUUUAGCACAGAAUUCGACUAUUUCAGAAAAGGAAUACAGUGGCACAAAGAAUACGACAUGGUGAAGAUUUUAGACAAAGCAGGAGUAAUACCAGGAAAAUCACAAAACAUUACAGAAGUAUGGAACAGUGUAAAACAAGUCUUGGGUAAAAACCCAUUUUUAUCUUGCUUCACACAUCCAUCAACAAAAACUGCAUACCUACUUGAAGUGAGAAUUUGUUUUGACAAAAACUUGACACUUGUCAAUUGUGACGGUAUAAAGAAGAGAUGCGGCAAGAAGUGUGGAGAAAACAACUUAAUCGAAUGUCCAACUACAAAGCUAGUGGAGUUCCCCCUUGCUUAUCCGUAUCCCCCGCCGGCGUUUGCCAACCAGAAGAGGCAUUACCUAUUCGACAUACUCAGAUUCCUUCAGCUUGUAAGCUGGAUGACUUCAUAAAAGUCGAAAUAUCCAAUAAGUCCAAAGCCGAAUAUUCUAAUUGAUUUUUUUUUUUUUUUUAAUUUACCAUUUUAUCCCGUGAAAUAUAAAUGGGAAAAGUAUUCUUAAAAUAAUUAGAGCAAUAUUUUGAAACGAUUUGAUUUAUAAUUUUGUAUUUGAAAUUUUCAACUUGUGAGUAGAGUUAAAAAACUGAACUUGACGCUUAUCACAUUGACUUGUAAAAUUAUAUUUUUGAUGUAAAGUGUACAAGUUCUGAAUUCAUAAUGUUCUUAUUUGCAACCAUUCUGUUUGGCAUGAAUUUACUUUUUUUUAAAUUAUUUAUUUAUUUUUAAAUAAAUAGCACUUGUACAGUGAUUUUUUUUU